AAUUAAAUAUUAAAACAAAGAAAAAGGGGUCCUUUCUUUCCUUCUUCCCUGCUUCAUUUCAAAAGCUCAAUUUUUUUUUUUUUUUGGUUAUUUGUUUACACUUUUGUCUUUACCUUCCCCCUUCUUCCCCAACACCUCUUGGUCUCAAUUUUUCGUUCUAGGGUUUCUACUUUCCCUUUUUCCGUGACACUUUCCGGGUCUUCAGCCACGGUUAACUGUUGAUGAACAGUAGCCUUGGUGAGCUCUCUGGUUUAGGGUGAUUUUUUUGUACAUUCUCUAGAGUGAGACUCUCCUUUGUGAUAACUUCGCUUCAAGUUUCAGGGUUUUAACAUUGAUUUCUUCUUUCAUUUUCCCUCUCCUUUGGGUUGAAUUUUGUUUCUUGAUUAGAAAUUUUUUUGAUUUCUCGAAGAAAAUAACCCCUGUAAAACCCUUGUUGAGUUUCCGCGCCUCCUAUGGCGGUUUCGUCAUUUCCCUUUUCUUUUCUUUUUUUUUGAAUUUCUGAUUCAGUUCUAGUACUCAGUUCUUCUGCAGUUUUAUUGAGUACGUUGUGGAUUGAAAUUUGAUGGUUUUUGGACCAUUGAGGUGGGUAUAUACUGAGUAAAAGCAUGGCAUUAUCUGGGUCUUCUUCUUAUUACCUCCACAGAGGGGUUAGUGGGUCUGACUCAGUUUCUGGGUCUCUAACUCAAUCUGGGUUACAUGCCCCAGCCCCGCUUCCACCUGGUUUCAGGACUCAACCAAACCCUAACAUUUCAUUUCAGUCCAAUGUGAGGGACAGCUCUGCAGUGCCAACAUUCCCAGUGGAAAACACACCCGCUAGUGUUCCUCAUGGCUUCAACAUUCCUUCUGGUGCCCCAACAGGGGAGCCUGGAAAGAAGAAAAGAGGGAGGCCUAGGAAGUAUGGUCCAGAUGGGACCAACAUGUCUCUAGGUCUCUCCUCAACCCCUCCCGGGCCUCCAUCAGGGUCCGCCACCCCGUCAGAGUCUGCCACGCCGACUGCCAAACGGGCGAGAGGCCGGCCGCCUGGCAGUGGGUGGAAGCAACAGUUAGCUCCUCUUGGAGAAUGGAUGAACAAUUCAGCAGGAUUGGCUUUUACCCCGCAUGUCCUAAAUGUUGCAGACGGAGAGGACAUUGCCGCAAAAAUAUUGUCAUUUUCACAGCAGAGGGCAAGAGCUAUAUGCAUCUUGUCAGCAAAUGGUGUGGUUUCUGCAGUCACGCUGCACCAACCUGCAGCGUCUGACAGCACAGUGACAUAUGAGGGGCGUUUCCAGAUAUUAUGCUUAUCAGGCUCUUACUUGGUUGCUGAAAGUGGUGGACCUCAUAAUCGUUCUGGUGGUUUAAGCAUUUCGCUUUGCACCCCUGAUGGCCAUAUCUUUGGAGGUGCAGUUGGUGGCAUGCUUAUAGCACAGAGCCUGGUUCAGGUGGUACUAUGUAGCUUCGUGUAUGGUGGUCCCAAGUCAAAGAACAAAGCCGAGGCUGCCAUCCCUGACAAUGCACAGGAUCCUGUGGUCCAGCCUGGUGAUGAAUCGGGUACACCAGCUAGUGUUACUCCUAGCCAUUUCACUCGAAAUUCUUCAGCCAGGGUUUGGCCUGGUUCGAGGUGUGAUACAAGAGUCCCAGAGAGGGAGAUUGAUCUGACUCGUGGAUGACAACA